GUAUUAGAGAAGCUGAGCCAUCACCAGGUGAGUAACAACUUCUUUGAUGGGGUUUGUCUUGCGGGGGGGGGGGGAAUCUCCUUUCCAAUAUGCUCACCAGCCCAUCUUGCUCUCUCCACAGCCUGUGGCCAACUGGUCCCCUCUGCCCGCAUUGUAGGUGGUGAGGAGGCUGAGGUGGGUGCAUGGCCAUGGCAGGCCAGCUUGCAGAUGUUCGACUCACACCAAUGUGGGGGAACCCUCAUUGCCUCACGCUGGGUACUCACAGCUGCACAUUGCUUUAGCAGGUGAGAAGAGAGCCCCCAAACUUCUCUAUCUUCUUAGGGAAACCUGGAGACCUUGUUCCCAUCUUUUUUAAUUUUUUACCUGUAAAAUGAUACUCCCCUUUCAGACAAUGCAGGCAUUCUGGUAGCCAUCUUCUCUCAUUUCCUCACCAAGGUGGUUGUCAUUUGCUGUAUAUUAGGGUUGGGAAACCUCAGGUCUGAGGGGCCAAAUGCAACCCUCCUUUCCUCUUUAUCAGACCCCUCAGGAGUCUCCCAGGCCAUGCCCUCUCCCCUUCAUUAUGCCCCACUUGCUAAUCCUACUUUGACUCAUCCUCAUUCUGGUUAGAAUGUGCCAUUGAAGGUGUCUUCCCCUUUUUCCUUUCUCACAGGACUCUGAAAGUAUUUUUACUCAUCUGCUCUCAUUUCUUCUCCCCUUCUUCUUUCACACUUUUGUACCCUAUUGCCACCCCAAAUUGACAGUUUCCUUGAAACCAGAGGUCUGAAUACUCUACUGCACUCUCUCCUCUUGUGUUUUAUUAGCCAGCAUCUUUGUCUAUAGUAUUACAGAUCCUUCCUUGUUUGUCGUCAUAUUGGGAGCCCACAAUCUCUCAUACCCUGGACCUGAAGCUGUGUCAGUUCUUGUGAAGCAAAUCAUCAUCCACUCUGACUUCUUGGGAUACAGGGAUGGCAAUGAUAUUGCGCUUAUGGAACUGGAAGGCCCUGUCAACUUCACCCACCGCAUCCAGCCUGCCUGCAUCCCAGGACCUUCCAUCUCCUUCCUUCCCAGGUUGGGGUGUUGGGUCGCAGGCUGGGGAAACAUCCAAUCGGGAGGUGAGAAAGUCAGGGCUGGCUACACAUUUGACGGGGCCCUGGGAGGGCCCCUCUGCUGUGCCUCUCUCUCCCGUGUUGCUGGAAAAUCUUUGCCUGGAAAUGACUGGUGAGCAGCAAAAGUACUACUACCACUUUUAUUUUCCAUAAUGCUCUGAAAUUUUGGGAUAUUAAAAAGGCAGCUAGACCCAGUCACCUGACGCUGCUCAAGGCACUGGACCAGGAAAAACCUUUCCAAAGGAAACCCAGGACACAAAUCAGUAAUGGGCUUUUCGAGGGUGCCAGAAUCCAAGCUACUCAAGGCUGCCACCUGCCAGCAUCAGAUUUGUUAGCAGUAAAUCAGAGUUCCUAUUUACCUAGGAUAGUUCCUGCUUACCUAGGAUAGUCCCUGGCAAAUCACUAUGUUUGAUGUUUGCCUCUGGGGGCGGGCCAUUUGUGUGUGGGGGUGUGCUUUUAAUAAAGAAUGAAAUCUUAGGGAGAACGUGUAUUCCAUCCUCUAUGUUAGUAAAAUGGUGGUUAAAAUGGAAACACUCAAGGUCACUUUGUCAACUCAUUAGAGUUUAGAAGCCAGAAAGGCCCGUUUCAAAAAGUGCAAAGCAGGUUUCAGGAAUGAGGCUUUGCUCAAAGUACGCCUUGGUCAAAUUUGCAUUAUCUCCCACCUCUCUCUCUUUCUCUCUCUCUCCCAGUCCCACUACCUGAGCCAGAGCUCCUACAGGAAGUGCUGCUUCCGCUGAUGGAUACAGCUACCUGUGAGGCACUUUACAGUGACUAUAAAGAUGAAAAAACUCCAAGUACUAGUGUAAUCAAGGAUGACAUGAUGUGUGCAGGAUACAUGGAAGGGAAAAGGGAUGCCUGCCAGGUACAAUGUAUUCAUUUAUGACAUUUUUAUCCCACCUUUCCUCCAAUUAGCUCAACCUUCUGCCCUCCUGAAACACAUUUUAUCCUUACAACAGCUUAGACUGAGAGAGACACUUGCCCACCUUUCAUGGCUGAAGAGAAAUUUAAUUGGAUGCUUACUUCUUCCUGGGUGGGGGCCUGUUGCAGCCUCUCACACUCAGUCACCGUUGGGGGCAUUUCCCAUUGAGUUCCCACUGGCUGCUGCAUCUCAAAUUGGCCAAUCAACGGCCUCUUUUGGGGGUGUACCUCGCAGGCUGAGAGAGCAUUGGCUGCACACAUGCCCUCACAACCAGUGAGACAUAAAAGCCGGGAGUGCUGCCCUGUCUAAGCACUUCCUGAAGCUAGUGUGACACUAGUGUAAUGACUAUCAGUGGCACAGUUAGGUAAUUUUGAAACUGGACUUAAUUGUCUUGUGUCUCUCUUCCUUAGAUGGCAAUGAUAUUGCUUCACUUCCUCUGAUAUUACUUUCUCUGAAUACCAGUUACUGGGAAACAUAGAUGGGGCAUACAGUUGGCCUCUGUGAGAACAGAGUGCUGGAUCAGAUUGGUGUUCGGCCUGAUCCAGCCAUGUUCUUAGGAAGAUCCUGUCGGAUCACACCAAAGAUGCACCUAGUCUAGCAAUCUUGUUCUCACCAUGGCUAACCAAAUGCCUGUAAGAAACCCACAGGCAGGACCUGAGUACAACAGCACUCUCACCACUUUUGAUGAGCAGCAAGUGAUAUUCAGGGGCAUAUCACCUCCUCUGGAGGUAGGAUAUAGUCAUCAUGUCUAGCAACUAUUGAUAGUUAUUCUCUGAAAACUUGUCUAAAAUCAAUGUCUGUGCCCAUCAGAAUGGGUGCUAUAUAUUUCAACAGAUAAUUGCAAAUGGGUGAUUGGUAACAGGUUUUAAUUUAAAUGGUAAUCGUCAAUUCAGAUUAAAUGGGAAUGAAAAUAGAGGCUGGAAUUUUCAUAACAACAUCGUGUGGAUGCUGAGAAAAACUUGCAUACAUGAGGCACACCAAUACAGCACCCUCGCUGAAGCACCCUACAUCUUGCAGAGAACUCCAUAAUGUGUGCAUUGUUUAAAAAAACAAAACAAAGAACAACAACACCCUUCUGGCCCUCCAGUUGUUGAUGGACUACAAUUUAUGUCAUCCUUGACCCAUGGCAAUGAUGGCUGGGGCUGAUGGGAGCUGGCAUCCAUCAUCAUGUGGAAGGCCACUAGUUCCUAAUUACUGUAUUAGUCCUUCCUGGGCUGGCAUUCCUUGCCAGACUUCUGCUAGAGAUAUCCACAUAGCUUUUGGUUCCUGGAGGCAAAUAUCUAAGACACUAUUGGAGCAAGGAUCUUCAUAUUCUCUUGUCCCUUCUUUGUUAUCCUAAUGCACCAGAACAGUUUAGCACGGAAGAGUAAAAAGUAUGCCCAUAAUGGUUGACCUCACCAAUGGUUGACCUCACCACUGAUGAGUUGACACAUCUACAGUUUGCAUCUUUCAGUCCUAUUUUGUACAGUAAUCAAGCUACUGAAAGAAGAGCAGGACUAGUAGUGCUCUUAAAGUAAAAGGGAAAUAAAUUACAUCAGAAGAAGCCAGCAUGGUGCCCUCUAUAUAUUAUUGUACCACCACCAUUGUCCAUCAACAUCUGGAGGGCAUCACAGUGUUUAUCACCCAUGUUUUACACUAUAAACUUUGUAGCUGGGCACAGCUGGCCAUGUCUAACAGCACCUUCUCAAAAUCUUUUUUUUUUUUUAAUGACCAGCAACAUAGAUACAAAAUAGGAAACACAUAAAAAAUCCAAAUGCAUAUAAUAGAGUAGAAUAGGGAUGGGGUGGGGGAAUAAGGUAGAAAAAAAUAUCAUAGAGUAAAAUAGGUAAAGGUAAAGAGACCCCUGACCGUUACGUCCAGUCGAGACCGACUCUGGGGUUGUGAUGCUCAUCUCGCUUUAUUGGCCGAGGGAGCCGGCGUACAGCUUCUGGGUCAUGUGGCCAGCAUGACUAAGCCACUUCUGGCGAACCAGAACAGCACACGGAAAGCCGUUUACCUUCCUGCCAGAGCGGUACCUAUUUAUCUGCUAGGUUGGCAAGAGAGAGUAAAAUAAGCAACUUAAAAAAUUAGAAUCCUGUCACAAACUCCAAAGAGGAAAAUUACAAAAUGUCUAGAAUCAUUUCCUGGUAGGUUUUGCUUGCUGCAGCACAGUGCUUGGCCACACAGAGAGCGAGACAUGCAUGUUGAUCCGGAAGGCGCCAAAGGAUGUAAAAUGCAUCUGAUCAUCCUGGCAGAUUUGAUAAGAAAGGUUCAAUAGACAUUGUGCACCAUUCACAAUAAAAGGAGCUAUACAGGAGGACAUGAGUCACUAAUCUGAUCUCUCUGGAGUCAUGGGAGCACUUCUGCUUGUGGGAGGGGGUGCUUGUGUUUUUUUUAUCUCCAAGGCUUCUGCAAAGAGGACAUUUAGCACUUCCUGCAUAAGAUGCAGGUGGUGGCUGUGGUGGGAUUGGGGAUAUGUAUUCCUGGUGGAUAAUCAUUUUUUCCUUUAUUUUUCUUUACAGGGGGACUCAGGAGGACCACUGAUUUGCCCGUGGGGUGGGGCUUGGCUUGUGGCUGGUGUGGUGAGCUGGGGGGAUAUUUGUGCUGCCCCUAAGCGUCCUGGUGUCUAUACCCGGGUCAGCGCCCACAGCAGUUGGAUCUUGAGACAUGCCCCAGAAGUGACUGCCAAUUUCAUCAAUGGUGCCUCAAGCAGGGUUUGUGCCCAGUUUCUGGUACUAGUAGCGCUACACUGCCUUUAUUAA